AUGGCCAAAUCGACACUCAGUAACAUCCAUCGAGCGCCGUCGACCACGACAUUCCUAUUGCUUGCUCUAGUGGCGAUUUCGAUAACCCCGAGCCACGCACUCAGUGUACUCCUAGAGCGUGCCGCAGGCACUUGUCCGAAGUCAUAUUCGCGCUGCGAGAACGCAGGUCUCCCAGACUCCUUCUGCUGCCCGUCCUCGUCGACAUGCGUGAGCCUGGACAGCGGAUCGUCGGCCAUCUGCUGCCCCAAGGGUCAGAGCUGCGAGUACAUCCAACCCAUCACCUGCGACGUGCAAUUGCAGAACGCAACGCUGCAUCAGACCAACGCCAUCAAAACCACCCGGCUGGAUGAUAACCUGCCCAAGUGCGGUGAUUCCUGCUGUCCCUUUGGAUACAAGUGCAAGGGAGGCGAGAUGUGUGAGAUGGACACGGAUGCGAAGUCUGCCUCAUCCACGAAAACAUCAACUGGAACGCCCACGACGACGUCUGCUUCGUCCAAACAUUCCGCCACCACGGACUCAGACCCCUCCUCGACAUCCGACCCAGCAGUUCCCACGCUCGUAUCGCCUACCAACCCUAAGGUGUCAUCCUCCCUCUCUUCCGACUCCAACUCCACUGCCGCCGCCCUAGCCGCCACAUGUCCAUCAUACCCCAGUAAAGCCGUUCUGGCAGGCUUCUUCCCCGGCGCAAUCUUCGGAGCCGUGCUCGCCGCCCUAGGCAUGAUCCUCUUCCGACGCUGGCAACAGCGACAGCUCCGGGUGUCCGAGAAAGUCGCUCAACACACGCAACGCACCUCCAACGGCACCUUAAUCGGGAUCUCCAGCCCCAUCCCAACAGAAGAUACGUCGUACCGCACCGAUUUCCUUCUCCGACGGUCGCGAUCCUCAAAACGCAACUCCGAGGGCGCUAGAUCCGUGCUCCAACGCACCGGCACCCGCGUCAAGAGCCUCUUCGGUUCCACCCCAAAGAUCACCGUCCAGCCGCCACAGUCCGACGACGUGCCUCAAGUGCCUCCCAUCCCGCCGAUGCCUGCCCCGCCUCCCCUGCCUGUUACGCCGCCGCGUCAGGUCCGUCCGGCCCGUCUGCCCAGCACAGAGAGUAUCCGCGUGUAUACGCCCCCUGGUGUGUUUGCCAACACGGGCGUGCUGAAACCAGACCCGUAUCCACCGUUUCGUCCGGACACGACAUUCACGGAUAUGAUCGAUCGGGUGGGGUUUAAAGAUAAUAAAGGGGAUCCGUCGUAUCGGGUGACGGCUAGCUCACAGGAUAGUCCGGGGACGAGAGGGAGGCUGUAA